UAUCAGGUCGUCCAUUUGCAUCGUGAUCAGUAUGAGUAUAACCUGAGUGUUCUGUGAUAGACGUUUCGCUGUUAUAACAAGAUGGCUAUUCGGUGGGGUAUCGCCAGUGCAGGAAAGAUUUCACACGAUUUUGUUACGGCGAUGACUAGUCUGCCGAUCGACGAACAUAUCGUGAUUGCUGUUGCAGCGCGAGAUUUAUCACGCGCGGAAGAAUUUGCUCAGGCACACAACAUCCUGAAGGCCUACGGUGACUAUGAGCAGUUGGCCAAAGAUAAAAGCAUUGAUAUUGUAUACAUCGGCGCGAUCCACACUCAGCACUACAACCUGGCGAUGAUGAUGCUGAGUGAGGGUAAACAUGUGUUGUGCGAGAAACCAAUGACGAUGAGUCUGGCGGAUACGACGAAAUUAAUUUCAUAUGCAAAAAGCAAAAAUCUGUUCCUGAUGGAAGGAGUGUGGAGCCGUUUUUUCCCUAUUUACGAUACCUUAAGGAAUAUUGUCGAGACCAAUGAAAUCGGCGAUAUUCAUCAUGUAUUCGCCAACUUCGGUGUCGACCUUCAGGAUGUAGAUCGUCUAAUUAAAAAAGAAUUGGGCGGCGGCACACUUCUGGAUCUCGGAGUUUAUUGUCUUCAAUUCGCAACUUUGUGUUUCGGCAAUGAGAUGCCGGAAAGCAUAACGGCCUCUGGUUUCUUGAACGAGGAAGGCGUCGAUAUAUGCAUGUCGGCCUGUUUGAAUUACAAAGGGAAUCGCUCCGCCACUAUUACGUCAAGUAGCCUGGUCAAGUUGCCAAACAGGGCAAUUAUGUGUGGUACUAAGAAUUUGAUAGAAGUGCCGUCCUUUUGGUGCGCAACGACAUUGAAUGCGGAACAUUUCAACACCGUAAUGGAACAACUGCCGAAAGUAUCACUUAGAGCAAAAUUCAAUUUUAUCAACUCUGCCGGACUUGCUUAUGAGAUCGCAGAAGCUCGUAAUUGUAUUCUAAAAGGUUUGAUAGAAAGUCCGAAGAUGACACACGAGGAUUCUUUAACAUUGGCGAAACUGGAGAACGAAAUUCUCAAACAAUUGGGUGUCCAAUAUUAAAUAUUAAAGAACUGUCAGAAAACUGCAUGUUAUAAUCAACGGUAUUUUCUGAACGCA